AUGGCAGACGUCGACCCCGGGACACGCCUUGAAACCCUGAUUCUCCGCCGCAAGUAUGAUCCCAAGAGUCAAGAGGAGAAGGAAGUCAAGGUUCAAAGCCUCAAAUCCGAUGCGCUCUCCGAGGAACAGCGCAAAGAACUCGAACAUUCCCUCGUCAUCCGUCAAGUCUACGAUCCAAAUGGCCAGCACCAAAAGACUAUCCUCAAUGUCAACUCCCCCUUCAUUCUCCGCGCAUUCCGAGAUGUCAUCAAGUCCCAUCCCGUUAUUCCUCCACCUUCGAGGAACCCUUCGAGCUCGAAAGUCCAUUCCAGAUGCUGA